AUGACCCAUGGCACAUCGGCCAGGGCAAAGCGGCACUGUCAUGGCCGAGCAAAGAGCCGGGGGGCGGCUCAGCCAACGCUCCCACAGCGCCGCCAACCGGAGCAUUUGGAGCCAGUCACUGACAGUUUGAGUGAGGCUGGCCGAGGGAGGGAGGGAUGGAGGAUGCAAAGCGAUCAGCGCCAGCACCAGCACCAGCACCAGCAGAUGCGGCAGCCGAUGCCGUGUGACGGCGGCAAGAAUCGUCUCCAAGCACAGCAUCACCCAGACAGCCCAUGGCGUCGAGAACAAGGCAAGCCCUCUCACACACGAGGCCGGGGGGAGAUUACAUGA